AUGGCGCUCCUCAACCCUACCUUCAUAUUCGGCAUAUUCGUCGUCCUCUACCUCGCGUCCUUCAUACUGUUCGCCGUCAUUCGAAUCCUCACCGGCCUCUCGAUCCAGCGCAUCGGCUACUUCUCUCUUCGACGCAUCGCAUACGCCCCUCGUGACGGCCUCAAGAUCGAGAUACGCGGGCUGGGGCUCAACCUCCACCGCCCGACCUUUGCCCAGCCGACAUGGCUCAGCGUCGUGGUGAGCGAGCUGGUCGUGACCGUCGAUGUCCAGCAGCUCGAAAGCCAAAAACCAGCCGAGGCUGAGCCGGAGGACGAGGAUGACCCGAAGAACCACACCAAAGACAAUGGACAGACGAAACCGCUGCUCAAGACGCCCAAGGCUCCGCUCAUUCGGCGCGGCACUGCCAGCGUGCCGCGGAGCGAGACUUGGAAGAAGCUCACUCGGAUCAAGGAGCGGCUCAAGAGACUGCACCGAAACGUGAACUGGCUGCGGAUGGUUGAUGUGGUGGCUACGAACUCGACGGUGAACAUUGUUGAUGUGGGAAAUGUGCAGUUCGGAAGCUUCACAGUGGCUGUCGAUACCAGGCGGAAGAUGGUUGAUCGAGCUCGAUUCUUCCUAGGAACAAGGUCUGGCAAGGGUCGGGAGAAGCAACAAGCCGAGUGGAUUAUGACUUUACGGAGUGUUCUGUUCACAGCAGAGGGCAACGAAUCACUGGAGAUUCUGGACCACACUACACUGAAUGUUCAUGGGUUUCUGUAUGAACAGCUGGACGGACUUCGGGACGCCUCUGUCGCCUUGAAAUUGGGUCGCGUGCACAUACCCUACGAUGACAUUGUCCUUUGCUCUAAGAAGUGGCAGCAGCUCCAACAGUCUGUGGCUGACCCAUCCUUGGAUGCCGAAUCAAUGGACGACUAUGUCGACAAAGUGAUCCAGGAACUUGAUCACCCGGGCAGCACCGACCAUGAGCUCAUGCAAACCGUCUCGGACUCCAAGGAGUUUGUCAGCUCUAUCCUCCGCGGCAUCAAGGAAGUCCAGUUCGCCGUCAGCUUUUUCGGAAUUACCAGGAAGAUUGAAGCAGUGAAGACCUCUGGCAGUCCAGUAUUACUCAAUGCAUCUAUGAAGGAGGUUGGUAUCGACCUCCACAGGCUGGAUCCUAAGUCUCCUGCACACAGGAUGUACUUCCCCUCGAAGGAUAUUGCACAUGAGGCCCUAGCCGCUGCUCUAUCUAUCUCAAUUGGCGUUGAUGAUGGCCAUGGCAAGCCGCAACGGAUCAUGUAUGUGCCCAUGGCCACAACAACGGUCAAGACAACACUGCCAUCCAAGACGGUCGAACUCACGGAUGCUGGAAGCGCAGAGCAGCGAAACGCCAAUAUUCUCUUCGCAAACUCUGUCGUCACAUCUCCGUCUGUGGACUUGGACCCCCGACAUCUUCCACUGCUUCUUGCCAUGCUCCAAUCUCGUCCAAAAGCGCCCAGAGCUCAUACUCAGCAACAACGCCAUCUUCUGAUUUCUCGCUUACUACCAAAGGCAAACAUCAAGUUCUCAAUGCAUGAGCCUGUCAUCCGCAUAGCACUACCCCCUGUACUCAAGACAGAUGAUCCUGAUGAUUUCGACCUCAUCAUAUCUUCAAUCUCGUCGAUAUCACUCGACAUGGAAUCAUUCCAUUCUGCCGUCGAAGACAUGCACUACUCAUUAGCCUCCACAAUGCGUGUGCAGACUCACGACUUGUACUACCAAACUCUUGACGGCAGCCGCUUCGACCUUCUUCAGACAGAAUCUUUUGAUCUCAAGCUUCAGAUUAGCGCGUCUCCAGAGGUCCAUGUCAGCGCCACGGGCAAUCUCCAGACUUUUUCCAUCAAGAUGGUGCGGCCAGAGAUCACUGAUGGGCUGCGACAAAUCGUGCGACAAUUGCGUCUCAACGUGGAGCCUGACAAACGAGCGGUCUCGAAAACUAGCAAGGAUCCCAGUUUCUUGCGUGCUAUGCCACCUUGGCUCUUCCACUUCCAUCUUCAAGCCUCGGAUUUCAGCGCAGAAGUUGCUGGUGUUGAUGAGGAGAUCUCGGAUGAUACCCGGGGUGUGGCUCUUCAGCUAGAGUCAUGGUCAGCAGAAUAUCGGGCGCAAAGGUCUGACGGCAUCCCCAGGAGACCGGCUAGGAGGAGAGCAAGCAGCCGGACUAGUAUCUCGCCGGAUUCGGACAUUCUCAAGGCUGUGCCGAUCUCACCGAGGAAGAAGCACCAGAAUGAGGGUGACGGCCGUCGUCUUGCAAUCCACGUUCGUGGACUAGAAGCGUUCGUGGUAGAGUCUGCUGAGAAGUGGGAAGUCGAGCCUUUUGUCAAUGUGCCGCGCUUCGAGGUUGCUUUCUCGACUCUGAGUGAUGGCCAUGGCCCCAUAUUCCACAUACACUCCCACGUCAAGACUCUACUGGCACAAUAUUCCCUAUACCGCCACUACGCGGUCGGGGUUGCCACCCUCGUCCUUCGAAAGGCGUUUGUCCGUACUAGCAAAGAUGCUGCUGAAGCACGGUCCGGGACACGAACACCGGUUCGACAGACAUUUGAUACCAACUACCUGAGUCCCCCAAUGUCGCCGGACUACCCCUUCGCUGACGAAAACGAGGCGAAGCCGGCUCCGGAGCUCGUCGCUGUUGACUUCAAGGUGGCAUUUGCACAAGUCAAGGCAGACAUGCCGGCAGAUCCACCCCUCAUGCUGCAAAUCUAUAAUUUAGAAGCCGGCCGUCACCGCUGGGCGCCUCCCUUCUUCUCCUCGAAACUCAUACGCUUGUAUUCCGAGGCUCCUCGGAUGCGGAGGGUUUGGGCUAGGAUAGCCAGCAUUAAGGGCGGCAGGCUUGACUACCGCGAAUCCCGACGCAAGACUCCUGCUGGCGCCUUUGUGGAUGAGAAGAUGUUCGAUUUUGUAUCUGAGGCGAUGCGAGUUGCUGUUCCCCACGAGCUCAUCGUCAACAAGAUAUCUGACAACUUCAUCAAUGUGUUCAAGUCAGUGCAGCAGCUUCACCACAGGUUUCAAACCAGCACGAACGAGUAUAUUCUCGACAAGGUCCCAGAAAGGCCGAAAAAUGUGCCGAAGAUUUCUAUCAGAACCCGCACGCUCUUGUUUGAGCUAGAAGAUGGUGCGUUCGAGUGGAAGCUCGGCAUGAUCUACCGCGCGGGUCGGGUCGAGCAGUUACAGCGGCUGGCUCGUGAAGAAGCCUUCAGAGUCAAAUCGAAGAAAAUUCAUGAAGAAGAAGCAAGGAGAGAAUCCAGCAAAUUGCGGGCCCGCUCGGUCAAUCCCCGGGGCCGAUCUAACAACUCGGCUUCCUGGGCAAGGAGUCGGAGCGAGGAUGCUCGUCCUAGGUCACAGUCCGAAAACCACCCUCGAGGACGUGCACCACGAUAUGACCCUGAAGGCGGCUGUUCAGGGAUGACUGGGAGUGCCAAAGUCACCAUUGCUGAGGCUCGGCAUAAGCUGAACCAAUACUAUGCCCAAAGCUGGAAAAAGCGGAUCGACAGGCACUACCUAAUGGCUCAAAAUGGAAUGAAGGAAAUUCGCCAUAUGUUCUGGGGAACAGAUCAGUUGCCUGACGAUGUAGACGAUAGCGAGGCAAUUCUGAAGGUCCCAGAGCGCCCAGCCCUCAUGUCCGCGCUCAUCAAUGACCUCCAGUUCACUAUCGACAAACCCUCGUUCCCGCUGAAAGAACUGCCUGAUUUCCUUCACAAAGUUGGGAAAGGCAUGCCUCGUAAUAUGGAGUACUCGUUACUCAUUCCCAUGAACGUUCAGAUUAACAUGGGUGAAGCACGCAUCUCAUUGAGAGAUUAUCCACUGCCACUUCUUCAUGUUCCAGCCAUCCGAUCUGGCCAGUCUUCUCGGCUGCCAGCGCUGUCGAUGAGGACUGAUUUCGUCAUCGCUGAGGAAUUCCGAGGCAUUGAGUCGACUCGCCGGAUAAGAGUCAAUAUCAUUCCUCCGAAGAGCCUUGAGCCUGGCGCCACUCAUGAGGGCAGCUUUGCCAUUGACGUCAGACGCACUAUUGGUCCGGUCAAGUCGUUCUCUGAUAUGAGCAUUGACAUCAAUACGGCUCUACCGACGAGAAUCACAUGGGGUCCAUCCUACCAGCCUGCGAUUCAAGACAUGAUGAUGGUCAUUGAGUCAUUUACCAAACCGCAACUCGAUCCGUCUGACCGCGUUGGCUUCUGGGACAAGAUCCGACUGAACUUCCACUCUCGAGUCCGGGUUGCUUGGAAAGGCGAUGGUGAUGUGCACUUCGCUCUAAAAGGCGCGCGCGACCCUUACCAAGUUACUGGGAAGGGCGCUGGAUUUCUCAUGUGCUGGCGUAACGACGUCCGCUGGAAUAUCCACUCGGAUGACGAUCCGAAGCGUUUCAUGACGGUAGACAGUGGAGAGUACGUUCUGGCAAUACCUGACUACAGUCAUCAUGCUCGAGAGGCUGCGCGCAGUAGUGGAGAGGAUGAUAGUCUCAUGAGCGAAGACUCGCUGAAAUCCGGUGCUGCGUUCAAGAAGGUCGUGAUGAAGCUCUCUGGUAAGGUGCAGUGGCUUGCUGGUCUUGUGUUCGAGCAGGCUAUCAGUAAUGGCCUGAGAAAAUUCGACUUCAAACCCCAUUAUGAUGUCGUUCUCAAGGCUCCGAAUUAUGCGAAGGGAGAAAAUGGCAGACCAUACGAUGCGUUCCGUGGCUUCCGAAGCCAACACAUCCACCUGUCAAUCGCGGUCAGAGCCCCAGUCGAUCGUGAUUGGACGUCAUCCAACGUCGAUCCUUCACGCAGUUACAAUACUGUCCACCUGACGCCUCGCUUCUUCACCCAUUUCUUCUCGUGGUGGUCGCUGUUCAGCGGCCCCAUGUCUCUUCCCAUUCGUCAAGGUCUUCUUUGGCCCGGCCGUGAGAAGAACAGCAAGAAGUUUGGCCGACACCUAGCAACGAUCAAGUACAACCUCCUUCUUGCGCCGCUUUUCCUCAGCCAUAUCUAUAAACACAAAGAUGUCGAAGAUUACUCGGAGGACGCCGUCUCGGCAACUGGUAUCAAAGUCCGGUUUGAUAGCUUCAUGCUUGAUCUUCACCAGAGGCGCGAAGAGUUCAACACUAGAGACAAGGGUAGAAAGACCCAAAGCAGGACGACGGGAAUGAAGAUUCAUUCAGCUCAACUCGAUCUAGCUUCAGCUGAUGUUCGUGCUGUCUCUGCUAGCAUCAAGGGCACAACAACAGAAGCUAUUCACAAGAAUACACUGUCGACAUUCGUCACUGAUCAAGACGAUGAUGGGACGGAUCUGUCACGCUUCACAAUUCCUGAUAAUGACUUUAGCUGGAUUGAUAUGGAUGAUUUCGUCGAGCUCGACUGGAUUCUCCCUACUGAGCCGAACCCAGACACGACAAUUCUUCCCCUUGCCUAUGCGCCAAGGCUCACCUAUUUCAGACAAACGGAUAUCGGGGGCGCUAUUGAUGGAGACCCUGAUAGAACCAGCCCAUUUGGUCAAGAGCCUACACAUCUGUGCAUCAUGACACAAGACGAUGACCCACGGAGAGUACAGCAGCAGCUCGUUCAAAAUCGCCUAGAACAAUUACAAAAGCAGAUGGAGAACCAUACCCGAAGCAUAGGCGAGGCAGAGCUCAAGUUGAUCAAGGACGGCGACGGUCAACCCUCGCUCAAAACCGAGUUCGAAACCCUUGCCGGACACAGCAAUGUUCUUCAUGACAAGAAGUCAUUCCUUGAGGGAAUGCUUGAGCAGAUGACUGUCUCGACGGUACAGAGCGACGUCAAGGAAAGGACAAAUAGCUCCAGUAGCGAUGGCAGCACUUCUGAAACGUCAAUGAAGAUGGGAGAGCAAUCCAUGUCAAUUCCUUCUGGCGCAGAUUUUGCCAGCGACUUCAAGAAUCGUUUUGUGGUCCAUAAUAUGCAGCUCAAGUGGAACAACACUCUCAGGAAUAUUAUUCUACGCUAUAUCCACCAAGUCAGUCAACGACGAGGCUUUGUCUACUAUCUCUCCCGGCCCGCUGUCAAGUUUAUCCUGGAUAUUGUUGAGGAGCAGGCCAAACUCAAGGCAAACAAAGCCAAGGCCGAUGCCGCUUCGCCCGCUACUGGCUCAACAGCAUCAACCAACGGAAAUGGACUUGAUAGGGAGACCACAAGGGAUAUUGAAGAUAGAAUCCGCAAAAUCCUGCAGGAUGGUCGCAAGUUUGUCAACGCUGACGAGUCGAGCGGUGGGGAGGAGAGUGUGCCAAAUGUCUCCAUGGAGGAUCUCUCUGGCGGCAUAGCUGAUGGCUUCACGCCGCAGAGCAGCUACCAUGUUCGCUUGAUUGCUCCGCAAAUCCAACUACAGAGCGACAAGAACAAGAAGCACGUGGUGCUGGUCACGGCAAAGGGUAUGGAGUUGAAGGUAGUAGAGGUCUUGGACAAGGACAGAAUCUCGGAUAUCGUGAGCGGUCUGGUCCAAAGGCGAUUCCUGGUGAGCAUGGACAGCACUCAAUUCUUCGUCACUCAUCAGAAGUGGUUCUCCACCCAGUUGCUGUCAAUGUACUCGGGCAGCACCUAUGGCACGCCCAAAGGAACAUCCUGGCCACCUUGGGUGCCCAUGGAAGUCAUGUUCGACUUCCAGACAGAUCCCUUCGGAUUCAAGCGAGUCGUGCAGAAAACUUCGGCCAUGCUGCGUUAUGAUAAGUACAACACGCUGCGGUUGAAGUACAAUGACGAGGUCAACACUGGAGAGGCUGGCGCUAGUCCAUCCGACGAUUCAUCUGACAGCCGCAUGGACAAUCUGUGGGUCGAAUUCCCGCAAGCGAGAGCUAUCUGCAAUUCAUCACAGUACUAUGCGAUCUACGUCAUCGUGUUGGACUUGUUGAUGUACAACGAGCCCUUGGAGAAGACUCGAAGCGAGCGCCUCGAGAAGAUCAUGCUCGCGUCCGACUUCAGCGACCUCCGAGGAGCCCCCGAGAUGGUCAUCAAAUUGCAGGAUCGCAUCCGCCAGUUGGAAGAAAUCAAGACGCACUUCCAGAUCCACACCAAAUAUCUCGAUACAAAGGGCUGGGAGGAUCGACUGGUCCUGGAGCGAGAUCUCGCUGCUUGCGAAGACGAAUUAUUCUUCAUGAUGAAGGCGAUCACUACUUCACAGCGGAAAUAUGAUACAACGCAGAGCAAUGCGCUGUUGAAGUGGAGCAUCUCAGCCAAGGAGAUUGUCUGGCAUCUCAUUCGCGAUUCUAAUGACCCUCUCUGCGAGCUUCAACUGAAGGAUGUCGAGUACGACCGCACAGACAACUCUGAUGGGUCGCACAUCAACCUGAUUCAGGUCGGCAAGGUGCUUGGUCUGAACCUACUGCCCGAUGCAAUUUAUCCUGAGAUGGUUGCUCCUUAUCUCGAAGAUCCCCGGGCCGCAUUUGACAUGGAGAAGCAGCCCAUGAUUCGGGUGUACUGGUAUAUGCUUGAAGCAAUAGCUGGUAUUCCGGUCAUGGACCAAUUCGAAGUGAAUCUCUUUCCAAUGAAGAUCCAGCUAGAAAGAGAAGUGGGCAAGAAGCUGUUUGAGUACAUCUUCCCCGGCAUCGAGGGCGAGAAACUCGGCGCCGGUAAGAACGACUCGCCAUUCAUGAUGAAACAAACGCUACCCGGCGGUGACGAAGAUGUGGAUGCGGAUGAUGACUCUCUGAGCGGGUCGGUCGGACGGCUUGGCUCAGCUGCCUCUGACAAGGAGAGAGACCCAGGCUCGUUCAUGACGAGAGCUGGCUCUCUUGAGCUGAGACUCCGGCCAACAUUGACUUCUGACUCCAAAGUCAGUCCAGUGAAGAAGCAGGCGCUGAGCAUCCACUCUGGUGAAGGGCAUUCGUUCAGAUUCUUCCGCUCAACGGGCUCUUCUUCUAGAAUUCCUACCAAGAAGGCCUCGCGCGAGUCGCUCCGGUCAAACAACACACCUCGCCCUGGAAUCGGUCGUAGCGGGACCGGCUUCUCGUCCAAGUUUGAUGCUAGCUCCACUGCGAGCGACUCGAAGAAGUCUCGCUUUGCCUUGCGCAAGUCUGAAGCAAAGGAGAAGACCACUUCAGAUGAUCUGACCAUGAUGAUCAACAGAGCAUCCAGCUAUAUGUCUUUUGCUCACAUUAAACUGCCAUCUGUGGUGUUAUGUCUCAGUUACAAGGGCAAGGGCGAUCGCAAUAUCGAAGAUGUGCAUGACUUCGUCUUCCGUCUGCCAACGAUUGAAUAUCGAAACAAGACUUGGUCUAAUCUCGAUCUUGCCCUAGCGCUCAAGAGCCAAAUCAUCAAGGCGCUUAUCAGUCAUACAGGUGCCAUUAUUGGCAACAAGUUCAGCAAGCAUCGUCCCAACACAGCGCAGCAGUCUAAGCUCCUGCCUCGCAGUGCGAGCAGGAGCCCCAGCAUUGCCUCCAGCCGCUCAUAUCGCAGCAGCAACAUGCAGAUCAACACUAGUGGAGUGGGUGGACAUACCGUGUCGGUGCCGAACUUCCUCAUGAUGACGCCGCCGACUCCUAAGGAGAGAACGGCGACGGAGUCGAGCUCGAACACAGGCUUGGGCAUCGGCCAUCUGAGACCCGAUUCAAGCAGCAGCAUGCGCGACUUUGGCAAGCGGCCAACUAGUAGCGCCAGCACGCUCGGAGAGUCGACGGAGCGGCGAAAGUCGACGCUGGGCCUUGGGGGCAGUAAUGGCGGCGGCUUCUUCAAGAAGAACUUCAAUGCCUUUGCGUCGAAGCUGCGGGACCGAGAGAGCUCGUCUAGCUCGACGAUUGGAGAUGAGCGACGGAGGUCGCGGUUCUCGGUUGGCGGCAACUCGACGCUAGGUGGAAACGAGCCCGUUGAUGAGGAAGAGGAGGAGAGUGGGCAGGAGAGCGAAAGGGAGAGGGAGAGAGAAAAAGAGAAGGAGGUGGAGAAGCGGCGGCUUAAUCGAGGGCUGCGGGUCAAGACGGGGUAG